AUGGAAAUCAAUGGCGUCUCCUACUACCGUUACCGGAAAACACCUUCCUCCGAUCACUUCCUCGGCGUCUUCUCCAUCACCUCCGCCUCCUCCGGCGACAUCUCCGGCGACGAGCUCACCGAAGCUGACCUCUUCUGGACCGGCGACUCCUCCGAUUCAACUCACUCCUCUUCAUCUCCCGACUCUCGCCGUCGUACCCUAGGGUUCCGCCGUCAAUCCGGAAUCCUCGCCGCUCUUCCCGACGACUGCGACAACCGGACGAUUCCGACUCAGUUUCGGUUGAUCCCUAAGGCGCCGAACCGAGUCGGCGGGGAGAUGACUCAGUCAGCGCCGUGUAGGAAGUUUCAGCACUCUGCUCCGGUGAAUGUGCCGGCGAUGGUGCGGAAACCGAAGAGGUUCGGUCAAUUGGACGGGUUUUGGGAGGAGAGAGAAAAUGAAGAAGAUGAGGAGAUGCUUCCGCCUCAUGAGAUCGUUGCGAUGAAGCUGAAAUCGACGUCGUCGGUGCUCGAAGGCGUCGGAAGGACGCUGAAAGGUAGAGAUCUGAGGCAGGUUCGCAAUGCCGUGUGGCGCCAAACUGGUUUUCUCGACUAA